ACAAAGAGAAUGCCCCCUCAAGCAUUCGCUAAAUAUCCUUAAAUCCUUUUUAUCAAUUUUCAACUAUAAAGACCAUGAGUCUUCACCUGUUACUCAUAUCUCACUCUCUUUCUAGCUUUCUUUCUUUUUUCCUCUAGCCUUCUCUCUCUCUCUCUCUCUCUGCAUGCAACCAUAGAUGGUUAAUAUGCAGAAAAUUCUGGUGUUUUCGGCUCUUCUGGUUUUAGGGGUGUUUAUGGAUUCUUCACGGGCAGAAGAGCAGCUUGUAAAUCUGACCAGGUUGCAGAUGUUCGUGGAUGAGCUACCUGACAUGCCCAGAAUCCAAGGCUUUGAGGUUGUCAAUGGUGUUCCAAAACCCAGGUCAUUCAAGGUUGGCAUGUACAAGAAGAAAUGGAAAUUCCAUAGAGACAUACCAGAAUCGACGGUGUACGCCUACGGUAAAAGCAAGCGCGCAGCAACUGUCCCUGGUCCAACAAUUGAGGCCCUCCAUGGCAUUUCCACAUCCAUUGAGUGGCAAAAUAAUAUCCAUUCGACCAAUCACAUCCUUCCUUGGGAUCCCACCAUUCCGACAGCUGCACCUUCCACCAAGAAGGGCAUUCCUACUGUGGUGCACCUACACGGCGCCAUUGGUGAACCCGCGAGUGACGGAAAUUCAAAUGCCUGGUUCACCGCGGACUUUAGAGAACGUGGCGAAACUUGGUCGAAGAAAACGUAUCACUAUUACAAUCAGCAACACCCCGGCAAUUUAUGGUACCAUGAUCAUGCGAUGGGGUUGACUAGAGUUAAUCUCCUAGCUGGCUUAGUUGGAGCCUACAUCAUCCGUCAUCCGGAUGUCGAGGCUCCACUCGGACUUCCCCAAGGCAAAUUUGAUCGCACAUUAGUGAUUUUUGAUCGUGCAUUCAACAGCGAUGGUUCCAUAUACAUGAAUUCCAAAGGAAACAACCCCUCCAUACACCCACAAUGGCAACCAGAGUAUUUUGGUGACGCUAUCAUUGUUAAUGGAAAGGCAUGGCCAAAAUUGACUGUACGACGUCGUAAAUACAGGUUCCGAAUAAUCAACGCCAGCAAUGCAAGAUUCUUCAAAUUCUUCUUCACCAACGGGCUGAGAUUCAUCCACGUAGGAGCCGACUCAGCUUACAUUGAAAAACCAGUUGCCAGCAGAGAAAUUUUACUGGGGCCAUCUGAGAUCACCGACGUGAUAGUCGACUUUUCCGAGGCGAAGACAAACAAUGCUAUCCUAGCCAACGACGCAGCGUAUCCUUACCCCGACGGCGACCCCGUCAACGAAGCCAACAGCAAGGUCAUGAAGUUUUCAAUUCGUCGCAAGAAGGAGGUUGACACGUCACGUGUUCCGGCGAAGCUAAUCCACUACCCUGCUCCUGAUAUAUCCAGUGCUUUGCAGACACGAUACAUUGCCAUGUACGAGUACGCUAGCGACAUUGAUGAGCCGACGCAUCUGUACCUGAAUGCUAAACCCUACGAUGCUCCGGCGACUGAGACUCCGAAAGAGGGGACGACGGAGAUUUGGAACGUGAUCAAUCUGACGGAGGACAACCACCCGCUGCACGUUCACCUUGGGUUGUUCGUUGUAUUGGAUCAGACCGACUUGGUGAACGUGGAGGAAUUCAGAGAUUGCAUGACUAAGAAAAACGAUGCUCUCAACUGCGGAAUAAGCAAGUAUGCACGCGGCAACAAGACGGAGGUGCCAGCUUAUGAGAAAGGGUGGAAGAACGUCUUCAAGAUGAGACCUGGUGCUGUGACAAAGAUUCUUUUAAGAUUUGCUUACAUACAUUCGAAUGCAUCCUAUGAAUUCGACCCGACUGCUGAACCUGGUUAUGUCUACCAUUGCCAUAUCUUAGAUCAUGAAGACAAUGCGAUGAUGAGGCCAUUGAAGAUAAUCCGGUGAUGGAGAAUUCAGAAUUGUACACAGUUGAAUUAUAUAUAGGUGAUUAAUACAUCGGUCAUAUUCUGCACAGUAUUUUGUUGUUUUGGAUUAUUUUCUUUUGCUUAGUUGUGACUAGUACGUUCUUCAUUGUUAUGCUGAUUAUUCAAAUGAUCAGGAACUGGCGAUCCAAGUUAAUAUUGGUGCUUUUGUCAUUACAAAACGUAUGCUUAUUACUAGGUUGUCCAAAUAGUUUGCAAUAAAACUCAGU